AUGAGAUCGACACAAUUUGCAAACCGACCAGUUGAGCCAAGGCAGCAGUCCACAAUGAAAUGGCAACAAUCAAAAACAACCCUCGUCAACCGCUCAUCAGGCAUUUGGUAUGACUCCAAAGACCGCUGUCAUCAAUCGACAAUGGAAAUAUGGCAUAAAUCGACAGACAAGUGGUACUAUUCCAAGGAUCGGUGCCAACAAUCCGUGAAAGGCAUACUAUGCCGGUCGGCGACGCGAUGGAAUGAGUCUGCAGAUCGACUCCACAUGGCUGCUCGCAUCCAAAGCUCGGAGAUGAUGGAUAUAAUGUGCCAAAAGCAGAUAGAGAAACAAGGGUCAUCACCGUCACCAUCACCAUCACCAUCAUCUUUUCGACCACAACCGAAUUCGCCAGAGUCUCCUCAAUCCUCAAAAUCAAGAUACUACUCGCAAUCAAUCAGCUCCUCACCAGAGAGUCCUUCAAGUCCCAGAAUCAAGUCACCCUUGACGGUUGGAAACCCCUUGAAUGGAUCCACCGCUGGUGGACCCCUCGGAGAGCAAACAUUGUCAGCGGAAGCGCAUAUCAAUGAACUAUGGGAAGCAUCCGGUCGUGUCAAAUGCGUUGUCAAACAAACCGAGCAGUUGCGAAAUGACAAAAUGACUGAACUAGGCGAGAUCGAAGGCGAAUGGAUCAGUUCUACAAUUGCCGACGCCGAAGCCGCCGCGGACGAUCUCGCAUCCUUCAUAGAUCCACUUUGGCACCAAAGUAACCAAACUGGCAGCCUCACCCCGAAAGAACGUAAGAAUUGGAAACGACGUGACUGUCCAACUGCCCUCAAGAAAGAGACCCGCAUGGCUCUCUGCUAUGAAAGACUCGAAACCGUCUUCGGCCAUCUUAAAUCAAUAACAUCAAGAUCAGAGCUCGCUAGCACCGAGGAAGAAGAGGAAGCUGAACUUGCAGCAGGAGGAUCGCCUCCUGUUCUGAGGGACACUACCGAGAUGUCCUGUCAAACAACGGUGAUCUCUGCUAUCGAGCUCCCUUGCCCAAUCACCAUUUUGGAACUUCAAACAGAAAAAGCUAUCCCCAAGAUUAUUGUGACGCAGUAUGAAGACGAAGCGAUUGAUGUAACGAGCCCGCAUUGCGAAGAUGCCCCCAAUUUCCCUCCGUCAAGCUAUGGGAGUGGCCCGGUGAAGAAGAAUGAUGAAUUGUUCUUCCCCUGA